AUGGCAAGGAGACUGCAAGUUGAUCUCGGGAGUGUCUCAAUUUUCCAUGGAUUGUCAACCAUAUUUGCUGUGGUUUUAAAUUUGUUUACCGGUUUGUGCAGCAGCGAGGCCCAGUCUCCACAGACUGUAAGCGCUGUACUGGGGAAGAACGUCACUUUAACGUGCAAGGUGAAUCUAGAGGCCAAUCUUACCCUGACCCAGAGUUCAUGGGAACGCCACUUACCCUCAGGCGCCAUCACCGUGGCCGUUUUCAACCCCGAGUUCGGCAUCUCCAUAGCCGAGCCAUACAAGCAUCGAGCCUUCUUCCUCAACCCCUCCGUGCACGACGCUUCCAUCGUCCUGCAGGGCGUGGGCUUUGCAGAUAUCGGCUUGUACACUUGUAAGGUUUCGACCUUUCCUCUGGGAAAUACGCAGGUUUCCGUUACGGUGGACGUCAUGGUGGAGCCCAAGGUGUAUGUGACUCGUGGAGAAAUGCCCUUGCUAGAUGGAGGCGCUGAAGUGGUGGUGGCCACGUGCGCGGCUGAGAGAGCCCGUCCUCCCGCCGAAGUAUUCUGGGAGUCGGAGCACCUGCUCGGCAACGUGGAGAAGCACAAACGGGACGAACCCAACAGCACCACCACCACCUUCGCGCGGUUAACAUGGGCCCCGACCCGCUUGGCUCAGGGGCUGGUCGUCACGUGCGUCGUGCGACACCCAGCCCUGCCUACUGAAUUACACAUUCCCUACGUGCUGGACGUGCAGUAUGCUCCAGAUGUGAUGGUGGUUGGCAAUGACAUGAACUGGUAUUUGGGCUACGAGAGAGGGAAACUGGACUGUCGAACCAAUGCCAACCCACCGGUCCAUCGCUUCAUCUGGACCAGGAUGGACGGGCCGAUGCCUGAGGGCGUGGAGCAGGUGAACGGCAGCCUGUUAUUUAAUCGACCUUUGAGGCUGAAUGACUCCGGAGUCUAUAAGUGUGAGGCUCAGAAUGACGUUGGUCUGAGGUCCGACGACAUAAGCAUCGUGGUCCGAGAGCCGCCUCCCACCACGGCCGUUACCACCACCUCUGCAACUCUCCUGCCAAAUAUCGGUUUCUCCAGCACCGUUUCCAAUAAGCGGCAUGCCCACUUCACAUCCCCGACGUUGGCCUCUCUCUCUGACAGCAGCCUGGGCACCAUCGUGGGCGUGGCAGUUGGCGGAGUUCUCUUCCUGGUUUUCCUGCUCGUGUUAGGGGGAGUCUGCUACAUGCGUCAGCGGCGGACUUUCCGGGGAGAUUACUACACCAAGCAGUACAUAGGCCCCUCCAACAUGCAGAAGGAGUCCCAGCUUGACGUGCUUCAGCCUCACGAACUACAGGACGUGUACGGGAACGACUCGGGCAAGGGCAGCCAGGACCUCAAACCCAAACCGGACGGAGACAUCAUCUGCCCAGACUACCCCAACGAACGCAAAGACAGGGAGUGGGGCAAUAGUCUAAGGCUUCACAGAGAUGGUGGCUUUUACCCUGAACACCACAACCUCCAAAACAUGAACCCCAACGGGCCACCCAUCCACUUGCCCACUCUAGACAAUGGUUCCCCCUACCUACAGGAGGACUGCUAUGACAACGAAACAGAGGGUGACUAUGUGUCCCACAUGGACGGGUCAGUGAUCUCACGCAGAGAAUGGUACGUCUGA